AUGGUUUGCGAGGAUCCCACCACCCUACUGAAUAAUCCAUUUAUCAUCGUCGCACAUCAGGACUAUCCAUCCACUCGACCCCUCUCUCCGAGCGAGAUUUCAUCUGUGACCAGAACUCUUCGCGAUACCUUCCCAAAUGACAAGGUCGUAUUCCGGGUCAUCACACUUGCCGAACCAUCAAAGGCUUUGCUAGUACCCUAUCUCAAGGCCGAACGUCCUGAAAAAUCCCUUCCUACAAUCCCUAGAAAGGCAUUUGUCCAGGACUAUCUAGGUCACCGCAGCCAGUAUCAUCAGCUUGAAGUCGAUAUAACCACAGGGGAGCUAUUGCGUCAGCAGGCCCUUCACGGAAAGCACUCUUACACUGAACUCAACGAGGCGCAGAAGAGUGAGGCUGCCUUUCUUGCAGACCCCAGGGUCCAGGCCGAGCUGAAACUCCUGGACCUUCCCGCGGAGGCUGAGAUUGUGGUUGAGCCGUGGGGCUAUGCUCUGGACGGGCACAAUGACAUGUCUGUUCGAAUAAUCACGAAUGCCAACCACUUCGCGUACCCUCUGGAUAUUUGUGCUCAGAUGAGCGGUGAUUUCGUUGUGCAGAAGGUCUUGAAUCUUCCCUCUGGAGAAGGGGAGCGCAUGACCGAGGCAGACGGCACUGGGCCAAAAUUUGACCGUCGCAAGAUUCUUAACCACAGUGAAGACCACCCAGAUCUACAGAAAGACAGAAGAAACACUACCAAGUCUUACCAGGUCAUUCAACCAGAAGGUCCUUCCUUUCAGAUAUCAGGCAAUUUGAUCAACUGGGAGAAGUGGCGGUUCUCUGUUAGAUUCAACUACCGUGAGGGACUGACUCUUCAUGAUAUUACCUACGAGGGCAGAGAACUGUUUCACAGACUCUCUUUAUCUGAGAUGUUUGUCCCAUACGGGGAUAGCCGUACUCCAUACCCAAGAAAGGCCGCCUUUGACCUGGGUAACAACGGUGCCGGUGUCAAUGCCAACAACCUUCAGCUGGGAUGUGAUUGUCUAGGUCAUAUUAAGUACUUUGAUACAUGGCACCACCAUAUGUCAACACCUGUUCAGCCUACGUAUUGA